AUGGACCCCUUCGACAUCCCCCCGAACCAGACACUGUAUGUGAACAAUCUGGAGGAGAAAAUAAACGUUAAGGAUCUGAGAAAUCUUCUGUUCGAGUUUUUCUGCCCCUAUGGGAAUGUUCUCGACGUUGUUAUAAAGAAGGCCAACCAGUCCAGAGGCCAAGCCUUCGUCGUUUUCAACACCAUCGCAUCUUCCACCCUGGCCUACAAAAAUCUAAAGGGGAAGCUCUUCCUCAAUAAGCACAUAAAUAUCAACUAUGCGAAGACAAAAUCCAGAAUCAUAGAAAAGCUCGAGGGCACGUAUAAACCAAUUACGAAUUAUAAAUCGACAACAAGCUACGAAAAUAAGGACAACGUGUUUACCCUCUUUGUCCAGAAUUUACCAAACGAAAUAAAUAAGAAUGCUCUGGAGAUUCUCUUUAAUCAGUACCCUGGCUUUUGCGAGGUCAGGCAUAUCCCCGGCAGGAACGUGGCCUUUGUGGAUUUCAGCUCUUACCAGAAUGGGGAAGUUGCGAUGAGCGGCUUGCAGAGCUUUAAGGUGACUCCCCACCACCCGAUGAACAUCUCGUGGUCCGGCUGA